ACAAAACAAUCUUAUAUAUUUCUUGUGUUGCAAUAAUAUUAAGUAUUGCAUGUGGUGAUGUGCCUCAAUGUAAUCGUCAAAUACCCUUGAUUGAUAAUUAUGACGCAACAAAAAUGGUGGGUUUUUGGAAUGUCCAAUACACUGGAAAUGAGGAAAAAAGUAAAAAAGCGUGUAUGGUGGCUACAAUAACAGCCCAAGAAAAUCAAUUAACAUUGGAUGAAGCUGGGUUUAUUGAUGGCGAACUAGAUCACUGCGUCGUUACUUUAACCCAAUUAAAAUCAACAUCUGAAUAUGUAGGAGAAUCGAAGGAAUUUCCUCCAAGUAGUGUUUGGAUAAUUGGUACUGAUUAUUCAUCGUACUCCGUAUUUUUUUUAUGUAAAAAUGGACAUAAACAAGAUGGGAUCAUGUUUUUUUGUACCAGAGAUAAAAAUCCGACUUUUGAAGUUUUAGAAAAUGCCCGAAAUGCAAUUAUAAAAGCGGGACUUAUGAUUGGUGAUGAUUAUUUGUUCCCCGUUGACAAUUCUAACUGUUAAAAUACAAAAUUCAAGUUUAUUUUAUGUUAUAUGUUAAAAAUGUAUCGCAGUGCCGAUUAAAAAUUGCUUAUCUCUAAUUCUAGUAAACUGGAUUACUUAAAUUUCGACGUUCUAAGUUUUGAAUUUUAUCUAACAAGACUGUUGUUGUUUCAGGAAUAUAACAGUAAUAAUAAUAUAUAUGUAUUAAC